AUGCCACUUUCUCCAAUAUCCCGCAUCGAACAAUCUUCAAAAAGUCGUCGUUGUGGUAUGCUUAGAGAAAUUGUUCAUAACAUACUUCAGGAGGCUUUUAUAAGUUAUCAGGAUGCUAUAGUUGCCAUGAGUUCUGAGAGUUUAAAAGAAAAUUUAGCCAUUAUGUACAAUAUGUACAAUAUCAUUCCUUGUUUAGAAAGUGAUGAGUGGAAUUCAAAAGAAGAAGACGUUCUUUCCUUAGAGAAUUUGAAACAAUGCUUUCAGAAAGUGCAUACAAAACGUCGAGAGUUGUUGUGUCAUUUCCUUGCACUGGACGUAAUGACACCUGGUAGAGAUUCUGGACGAAGAGAUUAUGAACAUCAUUGGGCAACUGUAAACGAACAUCUGGAUAAUUUAGGAUCAAUUACUGGUCUUUAUUUAGACCAAAUUAUUGCGGCAUCAACUAAUGAACUAGCUUCUAUUGAACAACAUGUUCGUGGCGUUCAGGCAAAGUUAUAUAUUUGCAAUGAAGACGCGCGUAAAUUUUAUGAAACAGAAGUCUCUGAGGACGAAAGAAAACAUUUAAUGAAUCAAUAUGAGUCAAUAAGUAAAGAUUUCACCUACAUGUUCCAAGAAUGGGAAGAUGGAAAAAAAGCCUUAAAAGAUAUAAUGGGUCCAACACUAGUAGAUUCAGAAUUAAGUAACAGUCGUCAUUCUAUUGAAGAAGACGCCGAAACUUUAAAAGAUGAGAAUGAUCAGGACGAAGAUCUCUGUGAAAAAACACACACAAUUGACUGGUCACGAACAGAUGAACCUUUGGACGUAUUGGAACAAGUAUUUGAAGCUGAUGCUGAGGUUGAAGUCGAGUCCGCUACAAGGGCCAAGUCAAAGGAAGUACGUUCAAAUUCUGAACGUAUGGUACACGAAUUAAAAGAUGUUUUAAUACGGCGGAAGCCAUUAUCUUCGGAUGAUGAUCAUUCACAACCCAUUCUAGAUGAAUCUGAUUCACUACAAGUACAUGAAGCCCAUACUGUCAUAACUAAUUAG